AUGGCGUCGAACUACUACGCCUCUCACCUAAAGCUCUGCAUUGGGAGAAGAAACCAGAGCCGCCAUGUGAAGAGGAUCCAUGGGCAUAUCAUUAGAACCCUACCCGAUCCAGAGACGUUCCUCCUAAACGUAAUCGUCAAUGCUUAUGGCAAAAUCAGCGACUCCAAGUAUGCUCGCGGAGUGUUCGACGGAAUUCCCCUACCGAACAUCUACUCUUGGAACGCUCUUCUCUCUGCGUAUUCCAACUCUGGUGACAUUUCAGAAUUGGAGGGUACUUUCUCCAAGCUCCCAUGUCGUGAUCAUGUCUCUUGGAACUUGCUUAUCAAGGGCUAUGCCUCGAGAGGAUUGGUGGGCGACGCUGCCAAGGCCUAUAAUAUGAUGAUGAGAGAUGGGCCUGCUAAAAAUUUGACGAGAGUUACGUUUUCUGAAAUGCUGAAGUUUUCUUUCACCCACAGACUUGUGGGUUUGGGCAGGCAGAUUCAUGGGCAGGUAAUCAAAUUCGGGUUUGACUCAUGUUUUUUCGUCGGGAGUUCGCUGUUGGAUAUGUAUGCAGAAGUUGAUCAUUUUCGUGAUGCGAAGAAGGUUUUUUAUGGGAUGCGUGAGAGAAAUACGGUUAUGUGCAAUGCAUUGAUGAAGGGCCUUCUGCACAAUGGGAUGAUGGAAGAAGCUAAGAAGCUAUUCCAAGAAAUGAUGGAGAAAGAUUCCAUUUCUUGGACAACGAUGAUCAAAGGACUAGCUAAAAAUGGAUUGGAAAGGGAGGCCAUUGAUCUUGUAAGAGGGAUGAAAAUGGAAGGUCUGGCUAUGGAUCAGUUUACUUUUGGAAGUGUACUGCCAGCUUGUGGGGAGUUGUCCGCCAUAAAGGAAGGGAAGCAAAUUCAUGCUUUUAUAAUCAGGACGAAUCAUCAGGAUAACAUAUUUGUCGCCAGUGCGCUUGUUGACAUGUAUUGUAAGUGUAAUAACAUAGUCUAUGCAGAGACUGUUUUCAAUAGAAUGGAGCAGAAGAAUGUCGUCUCUUGGACAGCAAUGCUUGGGGGUUAUGGUAAGACUGGUCAAUUUGAAGAGGCUUUUGAGAUUUUUGGCGAGAUGAAAAGACAUGGAAUUGACCCAGAUGAUGUUACACUGGCAGAUGUUAUUAGCUCAUGUGCCAACAUCGGUAGCCUAGAAGAGGGUUCCCAGUUUCAUGGAAAAGCUAUAAUUUCUGGUUUAAUACAUUAUAUUAGUGUCUCGAAUUCAUUAAUAACUUUGUAUCGCAAAUGUGGAAACCUUGAAGAUUCUGUUAGGCUGUUCAAUGAAAUGGAUGUCAAGGAUCAAAUCUCCUGGACGGCAAUGGUUUCAGCAUAUGCUCAAUUUGGAAAGGCCGUCGCGGCGAUUGAUUUGUUUGAAAGAAUGGUGCAGCAUGGACUGAAACCUGAUGAAGUGACUUUCGUAUCUGUAAUUUCAGCUUGCAGUAGAUCAGGAUUAGUGGAGAAAGGACAAAGAUAUUUCGAUUCAAUGGUGAAUGAUUAUGGAAUUGCACCAAUCAGUGACCAUUAUUCUUGCAUGAUUGACCUCUUCAGUAGAGCUGGAAGACUAGAGGAGGCCAAAAGUUUCAUAAAUGAGAUGCCUUUUCCGCCAGAUGCAUCUGGUUUAAGCACCUUACUGAGUGCUUGUAGAAAUAAAGGUAACUUGGAAAUAGGGGAAUGGGCAAGCAAAUCACUCAGGCAACUAGACCCUCAACACUCCGCUGGCUAUACCUUACUCUCUAGUUUAUAUGCUUUGAACCAGAAAUGGGAUUGUGUUGCUCAACUAAGGCGAGAAAUCAGAGAGAAAGGAGUUAGAAAAGAACCUGGAUGCAGUUGGAUCAAGUAUAAUAGAAAGUCGCACAUUUUCUCAGCAGAUGACCAGUCAAGUCCGUAUUCAGAUCAGAUAUAUGCUAAGCUUGAGGAGUUGUACCAGAAAAUGGUAGACAAUGGUUACGAACCAGACACUAGUUGUGUUCCCCACGAUGUUGAGGAAUCACAGAAAGUAAAAAUGCUUACAUAUCAUAGUGAGAGGCUCGCAAUUGCAUUUGGAUUAAUAUUUGUUCCCCCAAGUCUACCUAUUAAGGUGGUGAAAAAUCUUAGGGUCUGUGUGGAUUGCCACAAUGCUACAAAACAUAUCUCCAAAGUCACUGGGAGAGAGAUACUUGUGAGAGAUACUGUAAGGUUUCACCUUUUUAAAGAUGGAAUCUGUUCGUGUGGAGACUUCUGGUAGUUAGUUGCUC